AUGGUUCGUAAUGCGAAGCUGGUUGGUCAAUCUAUUAUUGCUUACUUGCAGCAGAAAGGUUAUCCUGAGGUAAAUUAGUCUUUGCUUUUCUACAGUAUGCUAUGUGUGUUCUCGUGAGCAAUGGAUGGAUUUUUUACAAAGUCCCGGCUAGGUCUAAUAUAAAUGUAUAAAAAUUCCACUUUGAAAUUUCCAUGUACAAAAACCUUCUACAAGUAACUGUAUCGACACAUGGCCGGAUUUUGAGGGGAGGUGUGGAGAGGUGCGCACCUCUCCUGAGAUCGUUUUGCACCUCCCUUGAGAAUUUUUGCUCUUCCUCUGAAACGUCAUGCACCUCUCCUUGGGAAAGUUUCAAUGAUAGAUCAAAGUGAAAAUUUGACAUUUUUUGGUUGCUUAGGGUCAACACUUCGUAAGAAAGUUUUUCUGUACAAUUGAAACAGUGAUAGCCAUUCAUCUCUAUGUCAAGUACCCUUUCAAUGCAAUGUUUUGAAAGAAACUUUGUAGUAUAAUUGUAAUGAAGGGCAAAAUUGGAUGAGUUGUAUACUCAUAAUUCAUUAAUACACUGAUACAUAUGUACACUACAUGCAUACGUCACGUCGUCGACUUUGGCCCGUUCUAAGCCCUAACUUUCCAUGGGGAUCGUGAGCUAGACAGCUGCAUCUCGCCUCAAUUUUUUUCCACUUCCCCCACUAUUUCCACCAAAAUCCGGCCUUGUUUAAUCGAAUGAGAUGCCUACAUCUUAAUGAAGCUCGCCUAGCUAUAUUUCAACUGUACCAAGCUUAGAGGUUUUCGUCAAAACAAAACUAGAGUAUGAUGGAUUAGCCUUUCGCUUACUGUCAAAUACUGUCCUUUAAUAAUUAGCCAAAAUAGCCUUUCGCUUUUUUUGAUUUAGGUUGCUUUACAUUUUGUGAAAGAUGAACGAACCAGAUUUGGUCUCGCUUUGGAAUGUGGAAACAUCGAUGUGAGUAUAGAAAAGAAAUAUUGCCUAGUACAAUCCAGGAAAACAUUGUGUAUUAGUAUUUUUGCACAAGUGAAUAUAACAAAUCCUACAAGUUGAUUGGUCAAAUUUGACGUAUUUUAAAAGCUGUUCACAAAACCGAAAUGUGCAAAAUGGCGGCUAGCCGCUUUGUGGAAGUUACUCGUAAAGAAAUAAGCGAAAUUAAAAUAAAUUCAGUCCCAAAAAACACAAAAGACUUGUGUAAAAAUACAUUGUGUAUUAGUAUUUUUGCACAAGUGAAUAUAACAAAUCCUACAAGUUGACUGGUCAAAUUUGACGUAUUUUAAAAGCUGUUCACAAAACCGAAAUUUGCAAAAUGACGGCUAGCCGUUUUUGGAAGUUACUCGUAAAGAAAUAAACGAAAUUAAAAUAAAUUCAGUCCAAAAAAAACACAAAAGACUUGCGUAAAAAUAUUAAAACAAUUAUUCGCCUCAGGCUCGGUGAUUAUCGGGGAAUAUUCACCUUGACUUCGUCUCGGUGAAUAUUCCCCGAUAACCACAUCGCCUUCGGCGAAUAUUUGUUAAUGAACAACAUUUUAAGGUUACAGAACACCUUUGAGUGUUAAUUUUGCCUAAAAUUUUUUUAUUGGUUUCCAUGAAAGCAUUAGACUAGUUCUACUAUCUGACCAAGUUUGGACGAAAAAUGUUGAAAACUCGCAGAGUUAUUUAAUAAAAUACAUUUCGCUGCAAUAAGGAAAACAUUGAAAAUGUAAUAUUCAAAUUCAAUUUUCUCCCGAAGAAUUUUACGGUAAUUACUGAUUUUCAAACGAGUUGUGCUCCUGCGGGUUUUAACCAAUUUUUCUCAAAUUUUCACAGGACAUAGCUAAAGACGUCAGUUUCAAAAUUGUGUUCGGCUUUUUUUUAAUUUUGGAUAUUUUAAUAAUAAAGAGCAAUUCACUUAAACAAUUCAGAAAUAUAUUGCAGUCGUCAAAGAAAUCGCCAUAUCAGCGGAAAGACGAAAUAAACAAAAAUUUCCGAACACAAUUUUUUAGAUCAACUAUUUUGCUGUAUAAAAAUGAUAUUUUCAUAAAUAUAACUUAAAACCAGCAGGAGCACAACUCAAAAGCGUAAUGGUACCACGAUUUAAGAUUUUCCUGAAUAAUUCUUACAUUAUUUUAUUGUUUGUUAAUUUUAAAACUUUACCAUAUUUUGCCUGCACUGGCGAAUAUUUGGUGAAAAUUUGAUUAAAAUCGGACCGAUAUUGAGCGGGCAGUAGCGAUUUUCCACAAAACGCCAAAAAGGGUGUCCUGUAACCUUAACCCCUUCGAAGGAGCGGAAUAGCUGCAUUUUGAGAUUUGAUCGUUUCAGCGCGAGCUGAGAUUUCACACCAGGUUUGAACUGAAAUUCUAAUUCAUCUCGGGCUGAAAUUUGCCAUGUAAUCAUGUAACAAUUUCAGCUCCAUUAAUCAGGUUGGAAUUCAGCCCGGGCUGAAAACUCCCCAUGCAAAGAUUAGCCCCUAUCAGAUUCAAAAUUAUUUAAAUGAUUUCAUUGAUAUACUUAAUUCCUUAAUCCUGGUUUCCAUAUGGUCGUAAUGUCGUAAAAAUAGAGUCACGAUCUCUCUCAACGGCCAGUUUAUAAUAGUUUAUACCUGUAAACCACAUAAUUAUAAAUCAUAAGUGUUCUCUAGUUAUAAUCACUCUGCGUAUUUUUAGUUCUAAAAUGUUGUAUUUCAGCUGAUGAGAAAGAUCGUGACUCAUCUUUACGACCGUUACGACCAUAUGGAAACCACUCAAACCAGAAGAAAAAAUGUUAGGAGGGAUUCCAGUCAAACUGGAUGUUCUCUUGCGAGCAAUAUUGCAAUAUUGUCCCACAAUAUUGCAAUUUUGAUGGGCAGAUUGCUCUGAGCAAUUUGCAACCGACGCGAACAAAUUGCAAUUUGAAAUUCACUAAAGAUUUGUAAACAAAGCCUCUGGUUGGACUAUAAGAAAGGGUGAAGCACCAAUCCAGUUGCUCAGACUAUUUGAUUGGCCAAUCAGAGGCUUUGUUUACAAAUCUUUUGUGAAUUUCCAACUUGCAAUUUGUUCGUGUCGGUUGCAAUUUGCUCAGAGCAAUAUGCCUAUCAAAAUUGCAAUAUUGUGGGACAAUAUUGCAAUGUUGCUCGCAAGAGAACAUCUGGUUUGACUGUAAGUAUGGUCCACUCCUUAUAUAAAAGCUUUCUUAGUAUUGAAUUUUUGAAUAUUUGCAGAGUAGAAAUGUAUGUUAUGUCCAUGACCGGAUUUUGGAGGGAGGUACGCACCUCCCCUGAGAUCGUUUUGCACCUCCCCUGAAAAGUCAUGCACUUCCCCUUGGGGAAGUUUCAAUGAUAGAUCAAAGUGACAUUUUUUGGUUGCUUAAGGUCUACGUUUUGUAAGAAAGUUUUUCUGUAAGUGAUAGCCAUUCAUCUCUGUGUCAACUACCCUUUUAAUGCAAUGUUUCGAAAGAAACUUUGUAGUAAUUGUAAUGAAGGGCAGAAUUGGACGAGUUGUACAGUCAUAAUUCAUGAAUACACUGAUACAUAUGUACACUACUUGCAUACGUCAUGUCGUUGACUUGGGCCCGUUCUAAGCCCUAACUUUCCAUGGGGGUCGUGAGCUAUACCGCUGCACCUCCCCCCAAUUUUUUUCCACCUCCCCACACUAUUUGGGUAGAUCGUUCCAUAGUUUUGUCCCGUUUAUAAAAACGAACACUGUCCCGCAGCUGUCUUAUAAAGUGGGGCAUCUGUGGUUGAUCUUGCAAUGAAAAAUAUUUAUUGUUUUUUAUUUAUAGGCCGCAUUAGAAGCUGCUCGAGCUUUGGAUGACAAAGCAUGCUGGGAAAAAUUGGGCGCAGUUGCAUUACGUCAGGGAAAUCACCAGGUAUUACGAGAAAGCAUAAUUUAAUUAAAACGUCAUUGUCAACCACAAUGCAUUUGUUUACAUCUUACCUACGGAAGUGACAAAUAGCACGAAAUGACGAUUAUAAACAUUUCUUUGGUGCAAUUUUAGUAUAAAAAGUUAAAAUGAGCAAGUAUAACCAUGAUUUCUUGUACAUAAUCACUAGAUAGACAUUUUUAGUAGGAUCCUUGAUAAAAAAUUCAGUAACGGUUAAUAAGCAAUUGCGAUUGUUCUUGUAACUCGUAAAAGGGUCAAGAUGGCGCCAUAUGGGGGAAAAGCUGGCAUAUUGCACUUGUCAUAUCUUCGAAACGAGUUCGGUGACCCCAACUUUUUUUCUGUUUUUACCAUGAGCAUAUCAUAAACUUCACCCCUGGGACGUUUCGGCAAAUUCUCACUUCCAGAACAAUUACUGUGACAUGAGUUUGAUAACUGCUUGUGCAAUUUUCUGCAGACAAUGUCUAAAGUUUCAUGUUGUCUGGACAUGUACUUUCUUCGGAGACACCAUUUGCCUCCUGACAAAUCGGAAAAUGAUCAAGAUAGUGACUCGGAUUGAUUUAAAUAUUGUAUUGACAUAUGACUGUUGAAAUUGCUUUUUAGUCUUCAAUAUUUGAGUGAGUCAUGCUUUGGAAAUGACAAUACAUUUUUAUUACCCAACCCUUGAGUUGUUUUGUUUUUCAUUUACCCAACCUUUUACUCGCUCAAAAUUUUGUUUACCCAACCCUUUUCUCUUCGGUGCCACGCCCAGCCAUAAAUAAUGACCACUCCCUAAGACAAUCGGUGAAGAUGAAAUAUAUUUUGAAAAUGAACCCAUGGUUUUAUUAUCAUUCUUUCUGUAUGAAGGUGUUGGCAUCUUAACUGCCUAUUCUGUAAUAGCUUCCUAGUGUCUACAUAUGCUAUAACUUGUAAUGUCGUUUAGAUCGUGGAGAUGGCGUAUCAACGAACCAAGAACUUCGAGCGAUUAUCAUUCCUUUAUCUUAUCACUGGUAACGUGGAGAAAUUAAGAAAAAUGAUGAAAAUUUGUAAGUAUUCCAAACUAUUCUUAUAAUUACUGUCGUUCCAAUUGAAGUGUUCCUCAAAUAUUGAUUCAAUACAUUACCUCACGGUGACCAAUUCAUUUGAUCAAGUUCCUCGAGAUAUUCAUACACUUCCUGUGAAAGAGCCAAUUCCAAGAAUUUGAUCAUUUCUGGUCACUUCCUUUCUAUUUAUGAUUGGUUAGUUGCACAAACAACAAAGGUGAUUGGUGCAUUCAAACUAUUCAACAGGAAGUUUACAAUUAUACUAGGAAGUAUAUGAAUAUUUCGAGGAACUUGAUGAAAUGAAUUGGUCAGCCCGAGGUAAUGUAUUGAAUCAAUAUUUGAGCAACACUUCAAUUGGAACGACAGUAAUAGCAUGGCAUUCAGGGCGAUUAGUGAUUAAAUGUACCCGAAAGCCGAGAGAGGUCGAGGCUUGAGGGACAUUUCAUCACUAAUCGACUGUAUUAUCACUUUGUAAUAUCAUAGCUACCCAGACAAUAAAACGGUUUCGAUUGAAUAAGUUGAAAUGAAAAGGCACAUUUGUUUUUUAUACUAAUGACUAUCUGGAUGUUCACUAAUCAGGUUACGGUUGAUUUUUCAUGACUGUAAAUAUUUAAUUGAACAUCAAUAUGUAACAAGGUGAAUAAUUGUUUUAGUGGGGUGAAUAAUUGUUUUAGUGUAAUUUCAUAGGUGAUUAUGUAUAGGAUAAUGCCCAAGCUCGAGGUAUUAUUAAAAAUAAUGACCGAGCGCGUAGCGCGAGGUCAUUAUUUUUAAUAAUACCGAGAGCGAGGGUAUUAUCCGACUUAAUGUACAUUAUGGUGUUUAUGAACAAAGAAAACUAUUAAGAUAGUUACAAGUUCAUUGUUGUGGUACUAUUAUUUUUCACAUAUUUGUGUUUUGUAUGCGCAUUCCUGGGCUGUGUUUUUUCAACAGCUACCUUUUUAUUACUUGAUUGAUAUUUGUGGAGUGAGGAUGUCUGGUUCGAGAAAGCGAGAUUUUAGUUUGUUUGGAGAAGGAUAUGACGAUGAAUUUGAAGUUGAAAAGACCAAUGAUUGGGAUUGCGAAAACCCUAAAGAGGGUUUGAGAAAAGCGUUUUAUUUGAAACCCUUGCAAAACUAUGAAAGGAAGCAAAUAUGGUUUUCCAGUGUCCCAAUAGGCCACAAUAAGUUACAAGGUAUGGUUAAGUGUAUAAUGGAGAAAGCGGGUGUAAAUGGGCACUUUACUAAUCAUUCAUUGCGAGCCACAGCCGUGUCGAGGUUAUUUCGUGAAGGCGUUGAUGAUAAGCUGAUAAAGGGGGUUACUGGGCAUCGUUCCGAGGCUCUCGAUUGUUAUAAGCGAGAAACAGGGGAGCAGCAUGCAAAUGUCUCGAAAAUCGUGCAAGGUAUCACGUCAGAGAAGGGUGCAACGGCGGAAAGUAGCGCGCCAAUAGAGAAGGGUGAUGAUGGAAUGGGGUCGGUUGUUUUAAAUAUUAGUGGCGGCAAUUGCAACAUUACAAUAGUUAAUAAGCCCUAGUUUUUUAAAACUUUAUCGUUGUAGUUAAAUUAAAAUGGAAAUUUUUGUAGUGUAAUUAAAAUUUGCUUUAAAGCAAAGUUGUAACGCACAAUGGUUUAUUUUUUAUUCAAGCGAAAAAUCGGGGUCAUUAUUUUAAAUAUUGGAGGUCAUUAUUAAAAAUAAUAACCUCCUGACAUUAAAUAAUGACGUUGCAUUAACUUGCGCAUGUCGAUUCUUGAAAAUAAUAACCUGUUCAAAACAAUGAAAAUGUGCAUUAAUUGGGGAAAAAAUACACAUUUCUUCGUCAUUUAAUUGACAAAACGGCUUCGGCCGCCAUUUUGAAAAUCGCUUAGGUGAAUACAAGGUGAAUAUCGCGUUAUAAUCACCUCAACGGCAACCAAUCAGCGUGGAGAAUUUUCAAUAAUCACCUAUGUAAUUGUACUAACAGAGGUUAUGCAUAAAGAUGAGGGGUGAUUAAUUACUAAUCGUCCCGUAGGAUGAUUAGUUUCUAAUCGUCCCUCAUGUUUUAGCAAUGAGGUAAAUUAGCUAGUCAUUAAUUGUCCCUCGCGAAACAAAGGAUUUCGAGGUGGCUAUGUUAUUAUCAAUAUUAAAAAUGCUAGAUGGGGGACCAGGAUUCAUAAUAAAGUUUUUGAAACGUUCUCUGAUCGUAAAAUUUAUUUUGACACGAGCUUUCGACUGUCAGUCUGCAGUCUUUGACAGGUAAAGUGAUACUAAAUAUAGAGUUAUUCUACGAAUAUAGCUACUAGGAUAGUGUAUUACAAAUACAAUGACAUGCAACACAUUAAAUUCUGACAACAAUUGCGCAACAUUUACCAGAACAAUAUAGAUUUUUAUUAUUAAUAAAGAACAGAUCCUAGUUUUAUACUUAUAACAACACUCGUUAUACUAGAGUUUACGUAGGCGGAACUACUUAUUGAUAUUGCAUGUCAUUGUAAUUAUAAACCACUGUCCUAGUAGCUAUAUCCUUGGAAUUUAGUACCAUGACCUUUACCUGUCGAAGACUGCAGACUAGCAGUCGAAAGCUCGAGUUAAAAUAAAUUUUACGAGCAUAAAACGUUUCAGAAACUUUACAAUUUUCACUGUUUAUCAUUCUCAAUGUUUAUCUGCUGUGUAUAUAUACUCAGUGGGUAUUACAGGAUGUACAAAACUUGAAAGCCCUUGAAUCUCCUUGAAUUUGAAAACAAAAAUUCAAGGCCUUGAAGUUCUUGAAUUUGUAAAGAAGCACUUGAAAAUCAUGUUUCGUUCGCUACUCUGGUUUAAAUAAAUGAUUACAAAGCCCAGUCGAAUUGUAAUCAAGACCCAACGUUUCGACACUCCAGUCUAGUGUCUUAAAUUUUUCUUGCUUUAGUUUAUGGAUAUUUUCUGAAAUUGUUUGACAUUCAAAAACGGACAUUUUGUUGAAUUGAUUUUGCAUGUUCGUAUCUAACAAAGCUGUUUGAAACUCAUUAAAGUUGCCUUUUGACAAAUUCAUCAUCAGAUUUUACUGAUUUCUAACGCCUUCAGUAUUUAGUCCUUGAAUUUGCUGAUACAUGGCCUUGAAUGUCCUUGAAAAGUUCUUGAAUUUGACUCUUCCUCGCAUGGACGAACCCUGAUAUUAACCUAAGGCUAAUACUGCAUGUUAUUUUGUUUGCAGCUGAGAUCAGGAAAGAUGUGAGCGGUCAAUACCACAAUGCACUGUACGCUGGCGACGUAGAGGAACGAGUCAAGCUACUGAAGUCACUUGGACAAGGUGGGCACAAAACUAAUUUCUCGUUUGCGCGAAACAUUGAACUCUGCCACUGAUUAAGUAUAUACCAGAUGUGUGAACUUAAUAGGACUUCGUGUCCUAAAAUUUCCCUAGAUGUACACGACAUGCUCACGCCAUGACACUUGCUAGCUAAAUGGCGUCCUGAAAAUAACGAACUUUUGCAUUUUAUUGCGCCUUUUUUGGAUCGAAAUUUAUGGAUUAAACAAUCAAGAGCAUCAUUUGUUGAAUGUUUGAAGUUGUUGAAAGCAAUUAAAGUUGUAGAAAAGGUGUUGACAGCAUUUUUGAAAGCAAUGAUGUAUUACCAAAUGACGAAUAAUUACGCGAACGACACUUGCUAGGAAGAUGGCGACCAUGGGACAACAUUUGUACUGAAGUUACACAUCUGUGCACACUUAAUCUAUGACUCCGCAGAGUUUCAUAAAAUACAGAAGGACAAUGACUCCGAAUAACAUCACCAGGAAUAGUGUAAAAUUACAAAUACAUACAGUAUAUAAAGUAAGGAAGUGCCAUUGAACGUGCCCAGAAAUCACGCACAUAAUUUAUUCUACUUUCGUAAUUUGCAUACUGUAUAUCACGUUGAAAUAUGGCUUCAACUGUAAACAGUGAAUUAUAUAACGCGACGUUGUUAAUUGCGAAAUCUGAGAAUAAUAUAGGUGGUUUGUAACUUGCCUCAAUCGCUGGCUACAAAACAAAGUGUGUCGAAGUAUUUAGUGUAAUGUUGGCUUGAUUUCAGUUACUGCCUAUUCUGCGGCAUUUUCAAUAUUUGUACAGAGGUUAGUUUUUCGGCUCAAAAAAUGGUUAUUUUUCCCGCGCGUAUUGCAAAUAUAUACAAAAUUUGCGAACUUUACAGGGCUGUAUUUAGGGUUGGGCGAUAUUAAAAAAAUCAUCUCACGAUUAUUGUCAAGGAAAUUAUCACGAUAUUCGAUAAUAUCGCGAUAAAUGCAAUAAAAACAGUGAACACAUUUUUCAAUUUUAAUUAUCAAAGCAGCUAUAGUAAGCUCAUAUAUAUUCUUAUUAAAACAAGUAAAACAACAAAUUAAAAUAAUAUGAAGGCUUUUUCUAGUCUAAUAUUUACUGUUCGUAAACCAGAACAAAACCUGCAAUUUCAAUGGAAUCAUCCAUCGUUGACCACAGAGUUUGGUUUUACUGUUUACUGAAAUUUACAUUCUACUGUAUCUCACAGGUUCGCUGGCCUACUUGACCGCAGCCACUCAUGGGCUUGAAGAGGAGAGUGAAAAUAUCAAGGCGGAAUUUAACUUGGAUUCUGAUAAGAUUCCUGCUGUCAAUCCAAACGCUCGCCUGUUACGGCCCGCCGUUCCCGUGCUACCCAAUGAAGUCAACUGGCCCCUUCUCACUGUGUCUAAGAGUGUAUUUGAGGGAGCAGUCUCGAAAG